AUUUUGAAAGAAAUUCCAACUAAAACUUGCAUUUUAAGGCCCUAUCUAACUAGCUAGCUAUCUGCCAAAAAAUAAACUAGAUGAGCCCUCAGUAGAGGGCAGAACCACGCCCUCUGCUGGCGAAAACCCUGUCCUCCCUAUACAACUGAUGCAAUAUGUAUCAAUUUUGAUCAUCGUACGUAUCUCCCUCCCUACUUGAUCUGCUGACCUGUAACUCCACAACUGAGCAGGGGACCUUAGACUGAUCUUCAGUGCCAAGUUUGAUUAUCCUGACUUCAGCACUUGCAGAGAUAUCUGACCGGACAUAGCCACAUACAUACAUACUUACCCAGCCAGAUACCGCACCGAAUGCAAUAAUCCCGCCAACGUACCCAUCGGGCGUGGUUAAUUAUAAACAAUUUUUUAAGAAAACACAAUUAAAUUGCAGAGUAAAACAGCUAAAACGUCCAAAUAACAUAAAAGAUAAUUCAUUUAACUUCCAGUUCAAAAUAUUGUUACAGAUGUUAUUUGGUAUUUUAUCCCUGGGGAAGAGUGAGACCAGCCGUCAAUAAUAGCAUGAUAUUGACGUCGUCUUGUAUAGUGAAACGCUGAAUGGAGGUGAACUUUCACAGAACAAACAAACAAAAAAAGCAGCAUACUAGUAGUAAAUGAAAUGAUGUUUCCAUACACUGGUUUCUGUUUGAGACGAGAUACUGUGUAGAUGUAACAUGCACAGGACUUUAAAAGCAGAUGUUUUGUGACAAAUCCCAACUUAGACUUCAAUUUUCAGGAUUGAAACUGCGUCUUUAUCAAUGCAACCCAGAUAUGAAGUCAACCCUAAAGUACCUAAAUGCAUAAAAACAACAGUGUCAUUUUAAUUAAAUCAUAUUUAAUGUCAUAUUUAAGUAAAUGUGUAAAAUAUUUACGACGGUAGCAUAAUGUCGCACUGGGUUUGGAUAAUGGAAUUCUUGUUUGUGUUAUGAUCAGUGUUUGUAUUUUGAGGGACUGAAAUGUCAUACCUCUGGUAAUGGACGCAAGGACGUUUGCAGCAGCAGCUACGUGUGACAGGACAUACUGCUCUAUUUAUAACAGCCGAGCAAAGGGCCCAGUCUGACAUAUGCAAGGACAGAUGGACAUCAUAACUGAAAUGUCCCCGCAGGAAACGGCACCGACACCUUCAAACUGGAUGAUUUGUCCUUCUGCAACAGGUAGGCUGCUGUUUGUGUUGACUGGGACACAUUGUUGACUGUGUGCUGCAGCUGGAGGCUUCAUGUUGGCUUUGUGAAUAACGUCAACACACGAGACCUUUGAUGACUUUGACGAGCAGCAGAGGAGAGUUUACGUGGAACAAGAUCUGUUAAACUGAAGAUGACAAAGUGAUACAACAUUUUACCCCGUAGCUGCAACGAUACUGCAGAAAAUGUGUUCAAACUGAAAAAUAUAUAUAAAUUACACUGAAAGGGAUUAUUUGAGUGGCUGCAAUUUUAAAAAUUAUUUGAAUAUUUGUGUCAUGUUCUAGCGCUGGAACUUCUGUAGCUUCACUAUGCAAACAACAACCCAGUGAGUGUGUUUGUUAAGAUGAAUUGUCGUACUCUGACACUGGACAGCAGAUUUGUUUUUUCCAUAUCAGAUCAUAUGACCUGUUUUCUAAGAGCAGAGCCAUGGAGUAUUUUGGGGUCUGUUAUGGAGCUGGUGACUGAGGUGCUCUGGUGUUGCUUUGCUGCUCUGAGGUCAACUCUCAAACUAUGAGCUAAUAAAGGUUUCUGCACAACCAAGCGGCAGGUGAUUACAAGCAACAUUAAGCUCCAGACAAAUGCACAGACUCUAUAUUUAGCUCAGAUGUGUUGAUGUGACAAACAUAAUCCAGCAAGGAUGGACCGCUGCAAAUCACAGGAGGUCACUUUUGUUGUGUUGUCAUGCAAAAUAUCUGAAUUACAGUGUAGGUAUUGUUGUGUUUUUGCAGAUUGAAGAGCAUGUUAGGGAUCAGAAUGGAUGAUUUAGAUCAUAGCAUUCACAUUGCAGAGCAUGACUGGACUAUUUUCUACGAGGAGAGCGAGGAGUGCUGUGUGCUGCAGCCUCGGUUCGCCUGCCCUGAUGACUGGAGCCUCAGCGAUUCGGAGGAUUCGGGAAAUUCAGGCCAGCAGGAGACGCAGCAGAGCACCGAUGCAGCUGAAACAAAUGCUGCAGGAGGAUGCUGCACUGAAGAGGAGAGCCGCACAGGUCGCAUAAAGCUGUCAGUGCAGCUUAACGAAAGUGAUGCGAGAGGACAAGUGGAUGACGCUGCAACAACAGCUGAGGAAUCUGAAGUGUGUUUAGACUGUCCUGGAGGAAAUCCCAUCAACACAGAAGAUGAGACAAGUGACAGCGUUACAAACAGGCUGCUAAAUGUGGAGAGUUCAGGGGAAUUUGAAGAACUGACAAAAGAUGUGCAAACAGAGAGUAACACCAAAUCCACAGAGGAGCCUGACCCACUUUCUUGCAACCAGACAGGACUAAAUGUGAAUGAGCUGCACACUGCACAGACAGGUGUGAGUGAGGACGUCUGCAGUGUGGCUUUAAAAGCAGAGAGGGAGCGCUGGUUUGUGACAGUGAAUGACAGCCCUGCACGACAGCGAGCGUGUGCCACGUCUGUGAAAAAAAAACGAAAGCAAAAAAAACCUCGUGAGGGAAAUGGUGUGUGCAGCCCUGGAGAGAGGAGUGAGGAGAACUCACUGGAAAACGGGUCAGAGUUAGAGAAAAAUGAAGAUAAAAACAAAUCACAGAUAGGUGGGGGUACGCAAUCAAAUUCAGGGCAUCCAAGGGUUGAAACAAACACUGAGAGUGUUUCAGAUUUAUCACAAAUGUCUUGUGAAGAAGAGAACUUGUCAGAAAAGCUGGUAAUCAGUCACUCGCUCAAAGAAGAUAUCAUAGAGCCACAGAAGGACAGAAACAAAUCUGAACCAGGUGUCUCAGCAUCCACAUCACAAAACGCAUUCACAGAGUUGGAGAGUGAGGAGUCGGACGAGCUCGAGGACAGCGCUGAGUUCCUCUCCACUCACAAUUUUGACUCUGAAAGUUAUUUGUCAGCCGCUGAAUCAGUGGAGGAACCUCAGAAUCUUCUAAUGGAAACCCAACAGUUGCACUGCUCAUUAUCUCUGACAUCUGACAGCCAUCUGUUCAGUCUGACUGAGGACACCGACGCUGACCCAACGCAGGACGGACAAGUUCACUCUGUCGAUGGGACUCUCUCCGGCAAUGCAGCAGCUACUAACUGUGAAGGUUAUGAAAGCACCAGUGCCAAGAAUUCCCUCACAUUUCCAUCUGUUAGCCAAAGAGCCACCAAAGUGCCAGAUGACAUCUCCACAUGCGAUAAUGACACACACAGCGUGAAGCUCUGCAGGCCUUUAAACACACCUGAACCCCAGAAUGACAAAAUGACUCUUUCAGCAUCUGGUAGCUCUGAGUGCGAUCAGCUCGCUCCACUUCCUGUUCCUGAUUUAACUGUAACUCCUUGCUCUGAGGCCCUCUGCCCAGAAACAUAUGCUAAAGCUACAGGUCACACUCGGCCUGUUUACGCCAUUUCGGCUUUUUGGGAUGAAAUGGAAAAGCUGACAAUAAAGGACAUCUUGCAGCUCAGGAUGGGCAGAAGUCCACCACCCAGAGAGACACAAGAAACAGUGACACCAAACACAGAAGAUUCUCCUACAAAUCACAGUUUACUAGGCGACACUGUGGAGUAUAACUUGUCUGAUAGCGCUCUCAUGGAUACAUCUGAUACUGCAGACUCAGACUACUUCACACAUUCUGACGAAUCCAAGCCGGAUCGCUCCAGCUGUGAGUUUUCCACCUCAGAUUUUGAAGAAGAGUACUGGCAGUUCAUUGGCACCAGUAGGAACCCCAGUCCUGAUCCUCACAGCAAAAACCAGCGAAGGACGAGUGACUCUUUUUCUUCACAUGAGGAGGAGUCGACGAGCUCAGAGGGGAGGGAGACUCCUGUGCCUUUAGAGGACUUCGCAGGACAAUGUUUAGACAGUCUAGAGUCCCCUACUUUGAGCAAACUUGCGCUGCCGAGACGGAUGACAAAAAGCAGAAGCAUACACAACAUCCAGGCUCUCAACACAGAGGGUUUAUCUUUGUCGUCUUCACUUGGUGAUGAUGAGAGCAGCCUGCCUCUCAGCAGAUAUCUGGAUCAAAACACUGUUUUGAAAGUGAGCGGCAGCCUGGGAGCUCCACUUCCUGCGUCUUUACUAACCAGCACAAACUUACUGGAUGCAGAUUAUCAAACAUCCGUCCCAGAGGAGUUUGAAUACUUUUUCACAGAGGAUAACGCGAACGCUGAGUCCCGGUGUGUCACUGUUUAUGAUCCAGAGAACAUCUCAGUGGCUCCUGUCUUUGACUACACUCUUUGUACAUACAGAGAUGAAAUGUCAUCCUCUUUUCUGCAGUGCAGCGAGGACAAACCCAUCCCCAUUUUCUCUUGUUGUCACCCCACCGUCAGAGAGCUCACAUUCCCAAAACCGGACUUUGUUUUCUUGAGUUCAAACUGCGAGGGACUGGAGGAGUUCUCUCCAAUCAGAGUCGUGUCUCAUUCUUUUAUCCACACCGAUCAACACGGAUCCAGCUGGAAAAGCUUGCUGUCGAUAAGGAAGAUUCGCUUCUCCGACAAAGGCAGCAUCUGGUGCAGAAAGUCUGGUGCCUGGAUGUUUCCAGUCGAGGUGGAGAAGAUCUCAAUUAGAAGUGAGGAUCCAGGAGUAACGGUGCUCAGCGAGGGAAGAAUCUGCCCAACUUCUUCUCAGCUCUUCAGAGAACUACAAGAGCAGCAGAGGAUUUUGGAUGCUAUACAGACAAAACGUGUGGGCAUCUUCUCCACUCUGAGGCAGUCAGACAUGUGUUUGGUCUGCAUUGCUUUUGCUUCCUGGGUACUAAAAUCCUCCGAUCCUGAGGCUGCUGAUGCCUGGAAAGCAGCUCUUCUAGCAAAUGUGAGUGCACUAUCAGCCAUCCAGUACCUGCGGCAGUACGUAAAGAAGAAGAACCCUCCUCAAGAUGAGCCCUGAUGUGUGCAAAACAGAAGAAAUCAAUUCCAAACAUUUUCACUUGGGUCCAUCCAUAAAAAUACAUGCACUGUAUUAUGCUGUGUCUGCUCGGUACUUAAGAGUUUCAGUGUACACAUACACCGAAAUGUUACAGCUCAGAAUGUAGUGCCGGAAGUUCUUUUUAAACAAACUAGAUGGGCAUGUUAAUGGUAAAAAUGUAGGUAAAGCCUGAUAUACCUCAUAUCCACAGAGUUAAGUUGUUGUCCAAUACAGAUUAAUAACAUAACUACGACACACUUUGUGUAGUGGGUCACAUUUCUUCAUUAUAAUGAAGUCUGUGAAGUCAGCAAAUCCCUGACAGAUGCCCCAUUUAGUCCUGUUGAAGUCAAAUUUGCUAUAAACUAGCAUCAAGUUGUUGUAGUAAUAAUAGUAAUAGUUCUAUAAUAGGCAGAUACUGAAGUUUUGUCCUACAUAGGAAUGAACUGGGAAGGGGUGGAGAGCUACUGACACUGUAGAGACUUCAGAAACCGCGGUCAUUUUAAUGUUUUGGUAACUUCAGUUCGUCACUCCUGGGUAAGCUUAUAUUGAUAUGUGGACCACAAUGUACAGAGUGUCAUUCUGUGAAUGCCCUGUUGUCCCUCAAGCUCGGUUUUGUACGUCACACAGCUGCAAUCAAGCUAUAGUGUAGUAGCAGCUUGUAGAUCAGUGAUCAUCAACUGGCGGCCCGCGGGCCGAAUCCGGCCCGCCGAACCGUCCAAUCCGGCCCGCGACUGGAUUCCAAAAUUGUGAGGAUCAAAGAGAAAAUAUCAUGGGGUCCACACUAUUAAAGCAGUCAGUCCAGUCAUUAUUAAAGGAUCUGUUUUCCACAUCAACUUUUCGUUUCGUGGCCUUAGAGAGUGCCAUUUUACCCGUGUUAAGAGGCCUUUUCCUGUCACUUCUGCGGUGUUUCUUUUUCAAGUGCUCUGUGAAUAAAGUUGACUUGAGAUGAGGCAAAAUAUCUCUAUCACUCCUAGUGGUUGACUGUGGUACAGCUGAUAGGAGCACUGACUCAUAAAGGCUAAAAAUGCCUUCAGUUUUGUAAUGAAAUGGAAAAAACAUAAAAAAAUGAACAUCAAAUAAUAAUAUUAUGCCAAAAUUCGAUUUUUAUUUAAUUUUUGUUUGAGGGUCCGGCCCCCAAAGUGACUGUCUGGUAAAAUUCUGGCCCUCUGGCAAAUAUAGUUGGUGACCCCUGUUGUAGAUUUUGAACAGAUGUAAAGUGUGUGCAGGAUGUCUUUGUAAAGGAUUAAAGUACGAUGGAGGUCUGAAAGGAGGUCAUGCUGUAGAUGUUGGGCUUGUAUGUAUGCGCACAUAAGAAAAGAUUAAGUUGCGUGUGACGGAAAAGCUCCGUCUAAUACAGCAAAUUAACAGCUUUCUUGGUUGUGAGUUCUUAAACCAAAAGUCAUGCCUACUUUUGACCCUUCACCCCAGGCUGCAUAAGCUGUGAGCAGGUCAGAGGGAUUUUCCACUUUUAAACUAUUUUAUGCAAUUUAUUUCUACCAGCCUGAAUGGGUAAAACCACACAGUGUAAACCAUCACCGUAGAGAAACAACUGAGACUUUUUCUUGCUUCUUUCUUCAGUGAUCAAUGCACUACCACCUUAGGUGAGAAUAAUCUGAGGGAGCUCUUGUGGGGGAACUGUAGCUUUUACCCUCAUGUUGUCCUCAUUUGUGGGCAACAAAAAAUAUUGUUUCCUUGUCUGAAAAAAACCCCAAAGUUCAGCAAAAAAAAUCCCCAAAUUUCUGAAAAUUUGCAAAAUGUCCAGGGAGAAAAUUUCAGUAAUCCCUUGAAAGUUUCCUAUAAAAGUCCUAUUUUUAAAAAAAAAUCCCCCAAAUUUGGCAAGAAAAUUCUUGUACAUAUUCUCAAAAAAUGAGUAGAAAUCUUCAAAAAAAUCCUAAAAAUAUCCUGAUUACAUAUAUAUCAGUAAAACUUAUAUUUUCUUUAAGAACAUUCACAAAAAAUAUCAACCAAAAUCCAGCAAAAUUCGCUGGAUUUUGGUUGAUUUUUUGUGAAUGUUAAACAUUUUAACAUUUCUUUUUUUCCAACAAAAAAUAUUGAAAAUGUGGACAUCAGAAGUUUCAUUGUGAAUAUAUAUAUAUUUUUCCCACAUUUUCAAACUUUAAAAUGGGUCAAUUUUGACCUGAAGGACAACACAAGGGUUAAAAUGCUGGAUAGCUUAAAGGAUCAGCUGUGAUGUCGUCACAUCUCUGUAGUGGAACUGAAUUCAAAGUAAAAGAUUGUGUCAUUGCAAGCUUCAACUGCGUAUCAAACAUCAAAACUGUAAUAUCUGUUUGGUGUUACUCUCUCAGAUGCUUUUCAGUAGAACUUCUAAAUGAUGUGUUGUUGCCAGUGCCGUAGUUUUACUGUGUAAAGAUCUACAAGCAAACGAUUGUUGUCGGAACACACAUUUCUUGUCAAACAAAACUGGGCACGUGACUAUAUGACAGCUGUUGUGCUACAAGUAAAUUAAUGCAAUAAAAUCCAUGAAUGUG